UGUGCAACCUUUCCUUGGUACCAGCGGCUGCUUCUAAGAGUAAAGUUAAAGGCAGCCAAGGGCAGUUUCCACUAACGCAGAAUGUAACAGUUGUUGAAGGAGGAACUGCAAUCUUGACCUGCAGGGUUGAUCAAAAUGAUAACACCUCCCUCCAGUGGUCAAAUCCAGCUCAACAGACUCUGUACUUUGAUGACAAGAAAGCUUUAAGGGACAAUAGGAUCGAGCUGGUUCGAGCUUCCUGGCAUGAACUGAGUAUCAGCGUCAGUGACGUGUCUCUGUCCGAUGAAGGGCAGUACACAUGUUCUUUAUUCACUAUGCCUGUCAAAACCUCCAAGGCCUAUCUCACUGUUCUGGGGGUUCCUGAGAAACCUCAAAUUAGUGGAUUUUCAUCACCAGUUAUGGAAGGAGAUUUGAUGCAACUGACUUGUAAAACAUCUGGAAGUAAACCUGCAGCUGACAUAAAAUGGUUUAAAAAUGACAAAGAGAUUAAAGAUGUAAAAUAUUUAAAAGAAGAGGAUGCCAAUCGCAAGACGUUCACUGUCAGCAGCACACUGGACUUCCGAGUUGACCGGAGCGACGAUGGGGCCUCCAUUAUGUGCAGAGUAGAACACGAAUCCCUCAAUGCCACCCCUCAGGUAGCCAUGCAGGUGCUAGAAAUUCACUAUACACCAUCAGUUAAGAUUAUACCAUCCACUCCUUUUCCACAAGAAGGACAGCCUUUAAUUUUGACUUGUGAAUCCAAAGGAAAACCACUGCCAGAACCUGUUUUGUGGACAAAGGAUGGAGCAGAAUUACCAGAUCCUGACCGAAUGGUUGUGAGUGGUAGGGAGUUAAAUAUUCUUUUCUUGAACAAAACGGAUAACGGUACAUAUCGAUGUGAAGCCACAAACACCAUUGGCCAAAGCAGCGCAGAGUAUGUUCUCAUUGUACAUGAUGUUCCCAACACUUUGCUUCCCACUACUAUCAUCCCCUCCCUUACCACUGCAACAGUCACAACCUCUGUAGCCAUAACAACCAGUCCAACCACAUCUGCAACAACCAGCAGCAGAAGAGAUCCCAAUGCUCUGGCUGGCCAAACCGGCCCUGACCAUGCUCUUAUAGGAGGAAUAGUGGCUGUAGUUGUAUUUGUUACACUGUGUUCUAUAUUCCUGCUUGGUCGAUACUUGGCAAGACAUAAAGGAACAUAUUUAACAAAUGAAGCUAAAGGAGCUGAAGAUGCACCGGAUGCCGAUACAGCCAUUAUCAAUGCUGAAGGCAGCCAAGUGAAUGCUGAAGAGAAAAAAGAGUAUUUCAUUUAAAUGCAGGCCAAGAUUCUGAGUUUUACUUAUCAGGCUGGCUGCUGGAGAAAACU